UGUAUUAAUAGAGUCAUGGAGCGUGGUAAAAACGGUGAUGGCACACGCAACAGAAGUGAGCUAAAUUCUAACUAUGAUUCAGAUGAAGACAUGAACGGGCCACACGACGAAAUCACUACCAGAGAUGUUGUACUCAGGCGACCACUGCACACAUACCCGGCAACUUCAAGUGUUCGUAAGACAGCGUAUACACAUGGCCUUAACGCGCGUGUCCCGCGUCCAGGAGGCUUUAGAGUCAGACAUGGAUUCCUGGUUGAAAUUAAAACCCAGGAGCAGUGGGAUGAACUGUUAUCAAAGGAAGGCCUGAUAGUUGCAGAUACCUAUUCAGCUUGGUGUGGUCCAUGUAAAGCAAUUGUUAGUUCCUUCAAGAGACUUAAGAAUGAAUUGGGAGAUGACCUGCUCGUAUUUGCAACUGCUGAGACAGAUUCCAUCAAUUCUUUGGAGGCUUACAGAAUGAAAAGUCAACCAACGUUCCUGUUCUAUGCUGGUGGCCUUCUGGUAAAUGUUGUGAGAGGAUGUAAUUGCCCUGCCUUGAUUAAAACCAUACGAGAUGAACUUGACCAAGAACACAAAGUUAUUGAUGGAAAAUGUGAUAGAGUUCCAUUUGUUGAUCAAGAAGCCUUUAAAGAAACAGUUUUUGAGGAGAAAAAAGAUGAAGAAAAGGAGAUUGAGGAUGAGGAAGAAGAAAUAGCUGAGAAGAUGACCAGAAGUAUGAGCAGAAAGGUAGAGAAGAAAGUACUAGAGGAACAAAAAGUGGAACUUCCCAAACAAGUUACUGUGGCCAUCAUUAAACCUGAUGCUGUUAAAGCUGGACUUGUUGAUGAGAUUAUUCAGAAGGUUGAAGAGUCUGGUAUGGAGGUUCUCAAGAAAGAAGAGAAAACUUUGUCGAAAGAAGAGGCUGCAGAAUUUUACAAGCAACAUGAAGGAUCUGAACAUUUUGAUCAGCUAGUUGAAUUUAUGACUAGUGGCCCAUGUAUGACUCUGUUGUUAAGCAAAGGUGGUGACUCUGAUGUUGGUGAUGGUACAAUUGAAUAUUUCCGUGAUCUUAUUGGUCCAAAGGAUGUGAACAUUGCUAAGGAGGAGGCACCAACUAGCCUGCGAGCUCUCUAUGGUACAGAUACUGUGAUGAAUGCAUUACAUGGCUGUGAUUCUGCUGAAAGUGCAGCCAGGGAGCUUGCAUUUUUCUAUCCUGAUUUUGUGGCUCCUACUGUUACACAAAAGAGAAAGAAGAAGAGGUUGCAAAGGACUCUUGCUCUUAUCAGGCCUGAUGCUCUUCGCACCCGUAAAGAUUCCAUUAUUAGAAAGAUUGAAGAGUCAGGAUUUACUAUUGCCAUGUCAAAGGAAAUAACACUGUCAAGAGAUCAAGCAGAAGCCUUUUAUGCAGACCAUAAAGAUUCUGAUUUCUUUGAGUCUCUAGUUGAUAACAUGACCAGUGGUCCAAUGAUGGCUUUAUGUCUGGCCAGGGAGGAUGCUGUGGAAGGCUGGAGAGAAAUGUUGGGACCAAAAGAGAUAUCUGUAGCCGCUGAAAAUGCUCCAGACAGCUUGAGACAUCAGUUCCAUGUAGAGGACAGUCCUAUCAACCCCUUGCAUGGCUCUGACUCUCUGGAGGCUGCUGAGAAAGAAAUCCAACAACUCUUCCCUGUUCAAUCCACUGUGGCAGUCAUUAAACCUGAAUUAGAACCAGACAAGCGAGAGGAGAUUAUCCACCGCAUCAAAGAAGCCGGCUUUAAGAUUCAGAUUCAAAAAGAGGUGACCUUAACUAAGGACUUAGCAUCACAGUUCUAUCAUGAGCAUGAAGGAAAAGAAUUCUUUGAAGGCCUUACAGAUCAUAUGGCCAGUGGUCCAACACUAUUUAUGGUACUGACAAGAGAGGAUGCAGUCACUGGUUGGAGAGCUUUAAUGGGACCCACUGACCCACAGCAAGCUUCAGAAGUGGACCCAGAUUCUCUCCGUGCACAGUUUGGAGUAGACACACUGAAGAAUGCUGUGCAUGGCAGCUCUAAUGUUGAGAAGGCAAAAGCAGUCAUUGAAGGGUUCUUUCCAGAAGUAAAAAUUUUGCCUGAUGGAACUGUUGCAGUUCCAAAAGAGGAAUCUGAAGCUGAGAAAGAUUCAAGUGCAUCACAGGAAGAACCCAGAAAACAAGAUCUACAGCUAAGUGAUGAGACAUUCAGUGAACCCCUCGGAAUGGAAAAUGGAAGCAUUCCUCCUGAAGCCAUCACCGCAUCAUCUGAACUUGAUGAUAAACACAGUCCUUCAAGAGCUCGCCUAAACAUCAAGCCUGAAGGUGAACUGGUGGGAGCUUGGGUUCCAUCGCAAAGCGAUGAAAAUCAGUGGCUCCAGGUGAAUCUUGGGAAAGUGACAAGGCUGGUAAAGAUUGCCACGCAAGGAGAGGCUGGAGAGUCUGCAUCACGUCAUGUGAAGCAGUUUUGUGUGUCCUAUAGCCUUCAGGGAGAAGAAUUUAUACCUUAUACAGAGGACACCGUCGAAAAGGUGUUUGAAAGCAAUUCAGACCAGGACAGCAUUGCAUACAACAGUCUCAGGAAUCCUAUAGUAACUCAGUUUGUAAGACUUAACCCAAAGACUUGGAAUGAAGACAUUGCUUUAAGAGUUGAACUCUAUGGAUGUGAUGCAGAUUCAUACAGUGAACCAUUAGGACUUGAAAAUGGACUUAUCUCCAGCGAAGCCAUAACAUCGUCAUCUGAACUUGAUGAUAAACAUAGUGCUUCUAGAGCCCGCCUUAACUCCAAGCCUGAAGGUGAACUGAUGGGAGCCUGGGUUCCACUAGAAAGCGAUGAAAACCAGUGGCUCCAGGUGGAUCUUGGGAAGGUUUUAGAGGUGACUAAAGUAAGCACUCAAGGUGGUGGUGAUGGUGUGAGCACGUACGUUACCAGCUUCAUUCUGCUGUGUAGUGAAGAUGGAGAAACCUUUCAGGAUUAUCAAGAAAAUGAUGCUGUAAAGGUGUUUGAGGGGAAUAAUGAUGGUGACACUGUCGUCAGUCAUUGGUUGGUACAACCUGUUAAAGCACGUUACUUCAGAUUGCAGCCUAAGACAUGGAGUGAACAGAUUGCUUUAAGAGUAGAGUUGUAUGGUAACACUGGACCAGGUGAAACUCAAGAAGCCUUGCAGUCAGAAAAAACUGAUGGAAACGUGGAGGACACACCUAAAGAUGAGGAGAAGUUAACUGAACAACCUCUAUCAGAAGUCCAGCAGGCACCUCCACAAGAGGGUGAAGAUGAUGGUACGAAAGAGGUUUCGAAUGAGGAUAGCAAUGAUGGUUCUACUCAAGUGAAAGAAGACCUUCCACAAGAAGCUACUGAAGACAAUCCUGAGGGUGAAAGUAAGCCUGAAAUCCUAGAUGAGGAAACAGUGAUCAAGAAAGAGGAAGAUGAAGCUAGCGGGAAGGGUGAUGUUGAAGUUCCAGAUGGACAGGCCGAGAAACAAGAAGAGGGUAAUGAAGGAUCACCUGAAGAUGGACAGGUUUCUGAAGAAGGUAAAGAGAGUACCGAUGGAGAGAAAAAACCUGAGGAGGCCGUUAAGUCUGAAGGGGCUGAAGGUGACGAGGAAAGCAAUCCAGCUGCCGAGGAACCAAAAGCUGUAGAUGAAGAUACAGCUCCCGCUGACAAGAGUGUAGCGGAGGAGGUCAAGGAUGAGGAGGGAAAUCCAAACGAUGAAGCAACUUCUUGAAUAUUUGGCCUUCAUUGCUCGUUUGUUUGUGUGUUAUGUAGAUUUCUUUAUUGUGGUACAUGUUUUAAAGGAUACUAUAUUUGUUGUGUAUAUACCAACCAUGUGAACUCAAAGGCUUGUGUACAGAAAUCGUUAAUAAAAUAUUGUACGUAGUUUGCAUAUAAUAUCGAGACUAAGUUAUUGGUGAACUGGGUUCGAAGCAGCAACUUCGGCGGUAGAGAAUGCACUAAAGGGAAAUUUUAAUGCUAACAUUUUAGUUCCUAAUAUCAGUUAUGCAUGUUUAAGUGUUCCUGCCACUCAGAGUGCAUGCAGCCAGCAUGCAGACUGCAAACCUCUAUCUUGUUUAUCUACAGACAUCAUCUAGUCUGAGUUUCACCUUUAGGGAAUGCAAGCCAUAACUCUUCAGUCCAACUCAUUUUCACGUAGACUACCGAUCUUUCUUCUGCCCUUGGUGCAUGCAGACUGUAAUUCGUCACUUAUACUAUGGUGCCUGAAUGUUCGUCUUCCAUAGUUAACUAAGACUGCUAAGGCUGCUGUUCUUUGGUUUGCUUUUUAUUAGAGUUUUGUGGCCUAACUAGUGUGGAUUCUCUUCCCAAAAACCACUAUUAAGCCACCCAGCACUACUUGUUCGCUUGUAAAAAAUACAGGCAACCAACAACAUUCCACUUUUUCCUAUGUUAGACUUAACUAUUGUCUCUUGAUUACCUGACAAACGACUCCUUAAAGAAUAUCUUGCCGCUAACUCUGUAACACCGAGAAAACAAAUAAGCAGAAAAUUGAGCUGGGAUUACAAAUAAUCAACUAAGUUAAUGAGAGAAAUGUUCAGAGAAAGAGAACAAAGAUUCUACAACUGUCAGUCCACCCUGCAGAUCUAGCGUUUUUCGGUCAGCAAUGCUGGUAGGUUGCACUUUCUCUACUUUUUCAUGUUAGACCAUGUCUACUAGUUCGACCUUCAUCUAUAGAUAGAGUGGACCACUUCUAUCAGCGGUGGGACCAUUUUUCUAAUUUCACCAUUUUAGCUGGUUGCAUCAUGUUAACCAGUUGGAUCAUUUAAAGUGAUUUUAUCCUUUCUACUGGUGGACAUUUUGUUGGAACUGUUGAACAGAGAGCAUUUCUACCAGUUCGACCAUUGUUCUAGUUGGACCCCUUAAACCAAAUUGGACCGUUUCAACUGGUUGGACCAUUUUAUCUAGACCGUUUCAACCAAAAGGACCAUUUUCACCGGUUGGCUCUCUUUAUCCAGUUAGAUUAUUUUAUUUUGACAAGUUGAGAGGUUCAACCAUGUUAUGUAGUAAAACCAGUUUAAGAAAUUGGACCGUUUUAUUUAGAGAGACCAUUUCUACAAGUUGGACUAUUUUAGGUGGUUAGACUAUUUUCCGGUAUUACCAUUUUGUCAAACGAGACCAUUUAGGUGGUAGAAGCAUUUUAUCCUGAAAAAUAAUUUUACCCACUUUACCAUUUAAAA